AUGCGCGGUCACGAGGACUACAGGGAGAGAGUACAGAAAUUUAGCGAGAAUCCGGGCAACCUGGAACCGGUAGAAUACCUUGUUGCGAGAUCGGUCAAAACACUCUUCAAUGCUUUCUGGGGUAUGCCGAGGGUUAAUCCGUACGAUCUCAAUAAACCGGACAUAUUGCACAAUAUCGACUUGGGGAUGUUGAAGCACAUGAUGGAGUGGAUUCAGGGCUUCUUGAAGAAGCAUCACCGAUUGAAGGAGUUCGACAGCGCUUGGGCUUCGAUUGCGCCUUACCCUGGGCUGGCAGUACCAAACAAAGCAUAUCGUUCUACCAACCAAUGGCAAGGGAAAGAGAUGCGCAAUCUGGGGCGGGUCGUUCUGGGAGCACUCGCGGCUGCUCUGAGAAACCCGGGAGUGGCUGCCAGGAGCGACUUCGCAAAAGCGUUGAAAUGUGUUCGAAGCCUAAUAGACUUCCACUUAAUGGCGCAAUAUGGGAGUCAUACAACGAGCACACUGAACUAUAUGGAGAACUAUCUCGAGGAUUUCCAUAAACACAAGGAUAUCUUUUUAGAAUUCAGGGUGUACAAGAAAACGUUAAAGGAUGCGAGAGAUCGAACGAAAGCAGUAACUAGCUCCCAGAGCACCCAGCAACGCUCCCAGAGCACCCAACGAGGCUUGGAGGAGAUCCGGGAGAUUCGGGAAAGAUCGCACUUCAACUUCAUCAAAUUGCACGUCUUAAUGCACUACCGGGAGCACGUUGAGCGCUUUGGGAGCAUUCCUCAAUACUCCACGGACGUCAGUGAGCUUGCCAAUGUACGGCAGGUAAAAGAAGCUUACAGAGCGUCCAACAAGGUUGAUGCUGCGACGCAGAUACUGGACUAUGGAGGGAGGCGAUUGGCGUUAGAGAUCCGAAUUCUAAAUCUGAAAGAUAUCGUCGGAGGUCCUGAGAGCACUGACGACAUCCUCUGGAGCCAUCGGGAUUACCUCAAGGAGUUGCUCGACGUUUUCAAAAUCGAGGACCGCAGGAAAACGCCGAAUGAACGCUCAAUAGUAGAAAGCGGACUGCCCCUGAAGCGUCUUUGCAAUCCCUCCUCGAAAUCGGAAAGACUUUUCAACGUGGCAGAUGGACUGCAAAUGAGCCAUAUCACGCUGUAUCGCCUGAUAAAGGAGUAUACUGAGGAUGCGGGAUGCUCUCAGAGCUUUGCCAGAAGCUCUGAGAGCAUUUUGGAGCGUCGAGUGGAGGUUUUCACAUGCUUGCAAGUUCCGAUACCAAUAUUCCAAAGACCUGACGUAUACGAGGUUCACAACAUCAGGUGUACAGGAACAUUAUCUUUUAGGAAGGGGAAAAUAAGAAAGGAUUGGGCAUGGGUAUCGGUAGGUUCCUCAGAGCAGUGGGGAGUGUUUCGGGGACGCUUACCAGGACGAGUGGAGGCUCUGUUCAAGGUACGGGAUAGCACAGGGCGCGCACAUAGACUAUGUGUAGUUGAGCUGCUUGAGGCGAAGGAUCGUGGUAUCGCUGAUAGCUCACAUGGGCUGCUGAAAGUCUGUAGGAGGAGGAGGAAGAGGAUGUGGGUCGUGAAUAUUCGGAGUAUAUUAGGAAUGUCCCAUUUGUUCGAGGUGGAUGCUGGCAAUUGGCUGGUAAAUACUAGGAUAGAUUUGCGUACGUGGAAUGAAUUCAGUUGA